UAGUGGAGGGCAUUGAAACGAUGGAAGUCUACAAAGCACUCUGUUUGGUGACUCUACUAGUUGCCCUCUUUUCAAAAGUGUCUCACUCUCAGUUGGAAGUGUGUGGAAUCUCUCCUCUCAACACUAGGAUCGUGGGGGGUCAGGAUGCUCCUCCAGGGAGUUGGCCAUGGCAGGCCAGUCUGCAGAGAUCUGGCAGCCAUUUUUGUGGGGGAUCCCUUAUCAACAAAGAGUGGGUGCUGACUGCUGCUCACUGCUUUCCCGGCACCGGUACAUCAAAUCUGGUGGUCUACCUGGGUCGUCAGAGCCAGCAGGGCUCCYACUCUAAUGAAGUGAGRCGUACGGUCACUCAGAUCAUCUGCCACCCCAACUACAGCAAYAGWACAAGUGACAACGACAUGUGUCUGCUGAAGCUCUCCUCCKCCGUGACUUUUACCAACUACAUCCGGCCAGUCUGCCUAGCUGCACCAGGCAGCUCCUUCUAUGCUGGCACUACUAGCUGGGUCACAGGCUGGGGCACCCUCAGCUUUGGUGGAUCUGUACCACAGAUCCUACAGGAGGUAGAUGUGCCAGUAGUGGGAAACAYGCAGUGUAACUGUAAUUAUGGAGUUGGCMRSAUCACUGACAACAUGAUCUGUGCUGGUCUAUCAGCAGGAGGAAAGGAUUCRUGUCAGGGGGACUCAGGAGGUCCGCUUGUGAGCAAACAGGGUACUCGCUGGAUCCAGUCUGGCGUUGUGAGUUUUGGCCAAGGCUGUGCUCUGGCAAAUUUCCCUGGUGUGUACGCCAGAGUUUCCCAGUACCAGACCUGGAUCAACAGCCAGAUUACCAGUGACCAACCGGGCUUCAUCACCUUCUCAUCCAAUGGGACUGACUCUGACCUCAAUGUCACCUGCACUGUUCUGCCAUCAGUCAGAACCACCACCAUCUCCUCUACUAUGACUACUAUGACUGUAGUAGCACCUGUGGUGUGUGGCAGCGCCUCUUUGAACUCCCGUAUUGGUGGGGGAAGCUCGUUGGCGACGGCAGGCUUGUGGCCCUGGAUAGCCAGCCUACAGAAAAACGGAGCACACGUUUGCGGGGGCACGUUAGUGGCGGUGGACUUUGUCAUGAGCGACGCUAGCUGCUUCUCCAGCAAGCCCAACGCCUCUCAAUGGACCGUGAUCCUGGGUCGUCUGAAGCAAAACGGCUCCAACCCUAACGAGGUAACCCUGAAUGUCAUCAACAUCACCAUGAGCAACUUGACGGGCAACAACGUGGCCAUCCUCCGACUGGCCAGCAAACCCAAGUUGUCUAACUACAUCCAGCCUAUCUGUGUGGACCAGGGAACCAGCAACUUCAACACAGGGACUAAGUGCUGGGUGGCUGGCUGGGGCACUGGCCAGGGUGGGGCUGAGCAAGUCCUGCAGGAGUUCCAGACCUCUGUUGUGGAAUGCGUGAAUGUUUCAUCUUCGGACAACAUUUGCACCGAACCUGUGACACUACUGCAGGGUGAUGUGGGUGGUCCUCUGAUGUGUAAGCAGGGCAGCUCAUGGUUUCAGACUGCUGUUUUGACUCUCGGCGGAACCACCAGCACUAACGGCACUAGCAAAGCACGAUUGAGCCGGAGUCCUCGCGCCUCCCCCAACCAAGUCUUCACCAAAACCUCCAACUUUAAGGACUUCCUGACUUCCACAUUGGGAACCUUACUAUUCCCCGCCACAACCAUUGCUGCCACGACCCCCUCAGCUGGUGGCGCUUCCCCGGCCCACUCCUCCUUCUCUCUCUUCCUUGUCCUCCUCUUCUCCCUCUCCUCUGUCCUCCUGUUGGGCUGGGAUUGACGCUAAGCAACCCCAUGGCAACCAUUGACAAGCCCUUUCUGUAACUUCCAACCAAUCAAAAGUCUAUUUUUCUAGCAAUUAAUCAAUUUCUGUCAGUGACUGGCAGUGUGUCAAAGCCAGGAUUGCUACUUUGAAUUCAGGGAGCCUUCAUCUCCAUUCACUUGAAUGAUGAAUGUUUACAACUUCCCCUUUGUUUAUCUUUACUAUGUCAAAUCCAAGCAGUGAUAUAUAUUUUUGCUGUCACAUUUUUUUUGUAUCAGUAACAUUUUCUGGACAAUAUUUGUUGAUUCAAACAGCACUGUUUAAGUUGCAAUAUGCACAAUUUUCUGUUCAAAGCUGUCUGGGCAUGUGUAACAAUGUUACAUAUUAAUAUCCAGAUGAAAAUGACUGUAGUAGCACUUGGCUUUCUCCAAAGAUUAUAGUAGUCUAUUCUACAGUAUCUGUGAGCCAAAAUGGCAAGUAGCCUACAUGCACUGAACUAUUAGAUAGUCAUACUGCACUUUACUGGACAUGUGCCAUGGAUUAUUAUAUACUUAACAAAUCACAAUGUUAUGAUGGUUUUAACAAAACUGUUAACUAAAUAGCUCUAAUACUUAGUUCUAAAUUAAUUGAAGACUUGAAUCCAAAAUGCUGCCUGUCGAAGGUAUAUUUUGUGUUUCAUCAUGUUUCUAACUAAGCUUAGAAUAUAAUUGUAUGUUUUAACAAUUAUCUCUACCCUAUGUAAGCAGGGUAAUACUUUAUUUUGUGAAAAAAAAGUUGCUACUUUUAAGUGUUUAACACUUUUUUGGUUACUACAUGAUUCCAUAUGUGUUAUUUCAUAGUUUUGAUGACUUCACU